AUGUCUGAAAAAUCGCCAGCAGUUUGCUUGGCUGUCUGGAGCUACUUGCUCGUUUGUGCUUCCUCUGUGCUCUAUGACCGCCCCUAUAUCCCUACGACUCCGCCAAUCCCGGUGGUUCCAAGGUCACCAAAGCCGAACGAUAAGCUACACCUUGUUCAAGUAGUCUGGCGCCAUGGAGAUCGUGCCCCCACGAUGACCUAUCCAACCGACGUACAUCAAGAAGAUGCAUGGCCCUAUGGAUGGGGAGAGCUCACUGAGGUAAACAGUUCGAAAGAAUUCAUAGAAGUGGAAGAGUGUCAAGCGUUUCUUAAGAAGUUUCCUCUGUUUUCGCUACCGUUCAUAAUUUGA